AUCCCCAUUUUUCUUUCUCAACCAAACAAGUGAGAAUCAAACAAGGAAAGAAGCUAUAAAUUCAUAAAGGAUGUCUCUAAUCACAGAAGAGAUCAAAGCCAAAGCUGAUGAGCUUUACUAUGGAGAUGAGAUGUGCCGAAUCAAAUCAAGGGAGCUGCUCAAAGAAAUGGAUCUUCCAAAUGGGCUUUUGCCAAUGAAAGACAUGGAGGAAUGUGGGAUGGUGAAAGAGACAGGGUUUGUUUGGCUGAAGCAGAAAAAGAGCUACACUCAUAAGUUUGAAGAUAUUGAUAGGUUGGUUACUUAUGGCACAGAAGUUACAGCCUAUGUGGAGAAAAACAAGGUUAAGAAGCUUACUGGAGUCAAAGCCAAGGAGCUCUUGCUGUGGCUCCCACUCUGUGAUAUCUAUGUUAAUGAACCACCGAACGGAAAAAUCACAUUCAAGUCUACGACUGGGCUGUCAAGAACUUUCCCUGUGUCAGCUUUUCAGGUUGAAGAAAAAGUCAAGGAUGAGGAAGAGAAGGACAACAAAGAGAAGGAAGUAGUGAAAGCAGCAGCUGCAGCUAUAGAGGUGAAGGAGGUCUGAUUUUAGUUCUUUGAAGCUUCAAGGGACUCUCUCUUCCUCCUUACUACUGGUUUGUUGUUGGCUCAAUAUGUUCGCUAUAUGUUUUUUAUGUUGAAAGUUUAUUUUAUUGAAUAAACAUUGGUAUGAAGUUUACGUAU